CCAAUGUGGGCGGGCAGAUCCUGGCGGCCGCGGCCCCCCACACGGGUGGACAGCUCAUCGCAAACCCAAUCCUCACCAACCAGAACCUGGCAGGCCCACUGAGCCUGGGCCCUGUGCUGGCCCCCCACUCCGGGGCCCACAGUGCAGCCCACAUUCUCUCGGCACCUAUCCAGGUGGGCCAGCCAGCGCUCUUCCAAAUGCCCGUGUCGCUGGCAGCAGGCAGCCUGCCCACGCAGAGCCAGCCCGCACCCACCGGGCCCGCCGCCACGACUGUCCUCCAGGGUGUCACCCUGCCCCCCAGUGCUGUGGCCAUGCUCAACACCCCAGACGGUCUGGUGCAGCCAGCGCCCGCUGCUGCCGCGGGGGAGGCCACACCUGUCCUCACGGUACAGACGGCCCCCCAGGCACCCCCAGCAGUCAGCACCCCGCUGCCUUUGGGCCUCCAGCAGCCACAGGUGCAGCAGCCGCCACAGCAGGCCCCCACCCCUCAGGCUGCUGCCCCGCCUCAGGCCACCCCCCCACAGCCCAGCCCAGGCCUGGCAUCCAGCCCAGAGAAGAUUGUCCUGGGGCAGCCACCCUCUGCGGCCACCGCAGCCAUCCUCACUCAGGACCCCCUGCAGAUGCUCCUGCCCCAGGAGAGGAGCCAGCAGCCCCUCUCCACAGAGGGCCCCCACCUCUCCGUGCCCGCCUCGGUCAUAGUCAGCGCCCCGCCUCCCGCCCAAGACCCAGCCCCGACUACCCCCAUCGCCAAAGGAGCUGGCCUCGGCCCUCAGGCCCCCGACAGCCAGGCCACCCCGGCACCGGCCCCCCAGGUAGAGGAACCCGUCAGCCUCUGUCCUAGCUCAGAGCAGCCUCGCCCCUGCGUCCCCUCCCCCUGCUCCCUCUCCUUGCUCUCUGGCUGUCCUGCCUGCCUCUCUGUCUUGCUGGCUUGGGAAACGGCACUGCCUUGGCUCCCCAGCUAUUUCCUGAGGGUCUCCUAACAGUCACACAAUUGU